AUGGUAACUGGAGGCCUUGUGACCAAAUUUGAAGUUCAGCAAAACACUCUCUCAAGGGUUCCAAACACGAAGCCUCCAUUCACUGUUGGCCAACUCAAGAAAGCCAUUCCCCCACAUUGCUUUGAGCGUUCCCUCCUCUCUUCAUUCUACUAUGUUGUUUGUGACCUUUCAAUGGCCUUCAUUCUCUACGUUGCCACUACCUACUUCUACCUCCUUUCUCACCCCUUUUCCCUCAUUGCUUGGCCAAUCUAUUGGGUUCUCCAAGGUUGCAUUCUCACUGGGGUGUGGGUGAUUGCUCAUGAGUGUGGUCACCAUGCCUUUAGCAAGUACCAAUGGGUUGAUGAUAUAGUUGGUUUGACCCUUCACUCAGCACUUCUAGUCCCUUAUUUUUCAUGGAAAAUAAGCCAUCGCCGCCAUCACUCCAAUACAGGUUCCCUUGAACGCGAUGAAGUGUUUGUCCCAAAAUCCAAAUCCACUGUUGCAUGGUAUCACAAGUGCUUGAACAACCCAAUAGGAAGGGCUGUUUCUCUUCUCAUCACACUCACACUAGGAUGGCCCUUGUAUUUGGCCAUCAAUGUUUCCGGUAGACCCUAUGAUCGUUUUGCAAGCCACUACCAUCCUUAUGCUCCCAUAUAUUCAGACCGUGAAAGGCUCCUGAUCUAUGUUUCUGAUGCUACUUUGUUUUCUGCAACAUACUUUCUCUACCGCAUUGCAACUGCGAGAGGGCUGGUUUGGCUGGUAUGUGUUUAUGGGGUGCCAUGGUUCAUUGUAAAUGGCUUUCUUGUGACCAUCACAUAUUUGCAGCACACACACUCUGCCUUGCCUCACUAUGAUUCAUCAGAAUGGGACUGGCUGAAGGGUGCCUUGGCAACUAUGGACAGAGAUUAUGGGAUUCUGAAUAAAGUGUUUCACCACAUAACUGAUACUCAUGUGACUCACCAUCUCUUCUCUACAAUGCCACAUUAUCAUGCAAUGGAGGCAACCAGUGCAAUCAAGCCUAUAUUGGGUGAGUACUACCAUUUUGAUGACACCCCAUUUUACAAGGCACUGUGGAGAGAAGCAAAAGAGUGCCUCUAUGUGGAGCCAGACAAAGGAAAUUCCCAGAGGGGCGUGAAAUUGGAGAUGAAUCAGCGGGGUUUAAUAUAUAGCUUUGUUGCCAAAGGAACUGUUGUUUUAGCGGAGCACACAGAGUAUACGGGGAAUUUCAGUACCAUUGCUGUUCAGUGCCUGCAGAAGCUACCAUCAAAUAGCAACAAAUACACGUAUUCCUGUGAUGGGCACACUUUUAACUUCCUCAUAGACGAUGGAUUUGUUUUCCUUGUUGUUGCUGAUGAAUCAGUUGGAAGGAGCGUUCCUUUUGUAUUUCUUGAACGGGUGAAGGAUGACUUUGUGAAGCGCUAUGGGGCAAGCAUUAAGAAUGAUAGUGCCCAUCCCCUUGCGGAUGAUGACGAUGAUGAUGAUGAUUUGUUUGAGGACAGAUUUAGCAUAGCAUAUAAUCUUGAUAGAGAAUUUGGACCAGCACUCAAGGAGCAUAUGCAGUAUUGCUUGAAUCAUCCAGAAGAAAUAAGUAAACUAUCAAAGUUGAAGGCUCAAAUAACUGAGGUCAAGGGGAUAAUGAUGGACAAUAUUGAGAAGGUUUUGGAUCGUGGAGAGAAGAUUGAACUGCUGGUGGACAAAACAGAAAACUUGCAGUUCCAGGCUGACAGCUUUCAGAGGCAGGGUAGGCAGCUGAGAAGGAAGAUGUGGCUGCAGAAUCUCCAAUUGAAGCUGAUGGCAUUACUGAAUGGGAAGUCUGAAAUUUCACAUGGUGCUGUGGGAGAACAUUUUACGGACAAUGGCCUAGCCUCCAGAGGUGAUAGGCUAUACGUUUGUUCCAUGAAUAAGAUGGUUCUAACAGCAUAA